UUAACCGCGUCGUCAUUGUCAACGACAGGCACCGUUGGCCCCUCUCUCUCUCUCUCAUUUCUUGCCGACGACGAUCGCUCUAUUUUCUUAUCGAUUUGUCAUCGGGAUCUCCCUUCGUGAUUGGAAUUCUCCCAGAUUUCCUCCCUGAAGAUCGAUCCAGCUACCAGAGGAGCCAUGAAUCCCGAAUAUGACUAUCUGUUCAAGCUUUUGCUCAUCGGUGAUUCUGGUGUAGGGAAAUCAUGCCUGCUUCUGAGAUUUGCUGAUGAUUCCUACCUGGAUAGCUAUAUCAGUACCAUUGGUGUUGAUUUCAAAAUCCGCACGGUUGAACAGGAUGGAAAGACCAUCAAACUCCAGAUCUGGGAUACAGCAGGCCAAGAACGUUUCAGGACAAUCACUAGUAGCUACUACCGUGGAGCUCACGGGAUCAUCGUUGUUUAUGAUGUCACAGACCAGGAGAGCUUUAACAACGUCAAACAAUGGCUAAAUGAAAUCGACCGAUACGCUAGUGAGAAUGUGAAUAAGCUACUGGUUGGGAACAAGUGCGAUCUAACUUCACAGAAAGUUGUAUCUACCGAGACGGCUAAGGCUUUUGCGGAUGAACUAGGUAUCCCCUUCUUGGAAACGAGUGCAAAGAAUGCAACAAACGUUGAGGAGGCUUUCAUGGCUAUGACUGCUGCCAUCAAGACCAGGAUGGCGAAGCAACCGGGAGGGAACGUGAAGCCACCGACGGUGCAGAUAAGGGGACAGCCAGUGAACAAUCAAUCUGGUUGCUGUUCCUCUUGAAAAGCUUCUUCGCCCUCAGUCUGCCCUCUCCUCUCUCUCUCCAUUCCGUUUGCUGAAUGUAACAAAACAUCUUUUGACUGUUUUGGUUGGAACAUCGUAUGGUUCCUUCCCUUCUACUUGACCCAACAGUAAGAUAUCAUUUCAUUCUUGUUUAUUCUUUUUCAUCACCAUAAUAAUACUCUUUUUGUCAA